CAUGACAACCCGCUGACUUCCACAACUGAAUAUGUGAUAAAGAAAGUGCCGAAGAGUGUGCAACAUUUCCACUUGAGUUUGGUUCAUAGAUGGUUUUGAACAGGGGGAAAUGUGCUUCUGCAAGUGAAAUAGCGAGGAGUGACAUCAGAGACAUUCCAGUGCAGCAGUUGGGCUUUUUGCUGAGUCUGGAGGGAGAGGCCCAAGGGGCGCCAUCCUUUACAAUGGAGGGUCAAAGCGCUGCCACCCCGUCAGGGGAGGGGCAACUGGGGCAACUCAGCAAGACUACAGUCCCCCUGAGCCCAGAAGAGGUCAGCUACCCCAGCUCCUGGCAGACAGAUAGCCUGGCUUCAUCAUGGGCCACCGUGGGCACACUAGACCCGGAGGACGCCAAAAGCCUGGAGGCCAACGAGGCUUUGCUACUGGCUGAGGAGCGCAGUGAGAACCACUCCUCCACCUCGGACAUUGUCCACCUGGAGCGGGAGGAGGCAGAGCUUCUGGAGGAGGCAGAGCGGCAGGCGGAGGCCAGAUCUCUGAGGGACGUGGAGGUGGCUGAGGAGGUGGAGGAGCUCCAGAGUAGCAUGAUGAGCGUGCUGGGUACAGAGAGAGAGCUGGCGGAGCUCAGGGUGGAGCAGUGUCUGGAUGUCUCUGGGCUGAAGGCGCCAAAUACUAUGGAGCUACUCAUGUCUGUGGAGGAGCCUGAGCUCCAGGACGAACCAGAGGAAGUUCUCUGGCCUCUUCUCAGUUCAACGCCCCCACCUGCAAUCCCAGAACCACCCGUGCUUGCUCCUCUCCCUGUCCCUGCGCCACCAGUCCUUGUAGAUCCAGAAUUCCAACCACUCAUAGAGGUACCUCCAUCACUUCCCAGGCUAGAGGAACAGCCGCCAAGAAAGGCACACAAAGAAUCACAAGAAGAAGUCAAAGAAUCCAGAAAGGAGCUUCCCAUUCCUUCAUUCUCUUUAGCGCCCCCAGUGGAGGUCCAAAAAGAUCCGUUGGCGGAGCCUGCUCUAGCUCCUCUGGCUGUAGAGGAGUCCUUCGACGCCAAAGAGGUUCCUGUGACACAAGAACCUGAGCCGACUGUCCCUCCCUCUUCUGGCUUUGAGCUCUCCACACUCUUCUAUGGCAGUGCCGCCCUGGUGGCUGUAAUGGGAAUGGUGGCCUACGGAGCCCUGGCACUCAGUCGGAAGUAGCCCAUAGUUUUCCACCCCACACUCCAUCACCUUAAAAAUGGACAUCAAUAGAGACUUUUUGUGAGUCUGUAGAAAUUCAACAGAAGAUGUAAUGCCACAGUGAAAUUACACUUAAUGUAAAACAAACAUUGAUCAGUGUGUUUAAUUCUUCUGAAUUUUAAUGAAAUGACUUUAAUGUUAUCUGAAAAUG